UCCAGAGCAUAUGAUUUGUUUAAAAGAUUUAUUCCUGAUUAUUGUAUAAUAAAUGUUUUUCCAUAGAAACUAUGGUCGCAUUUACAACUUUUUGCCACUUUUCUCUUAAAUUAGCUUACAACACUAUCAAACUUUACUUAACGGGCAUACAACACUACAUGUUGACCAGUUAUCUCAACAAAUUUCUAGCAUCCUACCCAGUUAAAAGUGUCCUUAAAAGGUAUUCAGAGACUAUCAGUACAUAAUCCCAUUAAGAGACUUCCCAUAGACAGUAUACUAUUCAGGAGUAUCUCUGAUGUACUUGACAAGUCCCCUUUUGAACAAGUCACGAACCUAAUAAUCAAGUCAGUGGCUUACAUAGCCUUCUAUGGUUUCUUGAGACCCAGAGAAUUUUCUGUAGAGAAGGCGUCCAACUUUAAGUCAUGCCUUCAGAAGAAACACCUAACUAAAAAACAGGACCACUACAUUUUGUUAAUGACUCAUACCAAAACGAGUCAAACUGGUCCACCAGUAGAGAUUAAAUAUUAUCCUACCUCUACCAAAUGGUGUCCAAUCCACGUUUUGGAUAAACUAAUGGAGUCUCAUCUCACUUCCAACCCCGAUUCCCCACUAUUAGCUACUCAAGGUAAACCCAUUACCACCAAACAAUUCAUGCUUUACAUCCGUACGAUAUUACUCUGGCAAGGACAUAACCCAUAGUCCUUCUCGGGCCAUUCAUUCCGCAAUGGAGCAGUCACAGCUGCCUCCGGAAAUCACGUACAUACAAUUAAAAAUAUGGGUCGGUGGAAAUCAUCCGCAUACAACAGAUACAUCCCCAAUCCAGAGAAAGAAAUAAGAUUGGCUUUUCGUGAACUGUCUAAAUAAUGAAUUGCUUAAUAAAGGUAUCUGACAAAGUAUUGUUUAUUAUAUUUUUGCCCUCUUUUACAGGUCUAACCUCACGUCAGUUUCGGCACACCUCAACUGACUUUGCUCUUACUACAUUUUGCUUCUUUUAUUAUUAUUUCAUACGUCCUCUAAUUUGCCGUACACAAAUAGAAGGCUUGGCCUGUAAUUGUGGGAGGCACUUGAAUCUCUAUUUAAACCCAGUAAGCCCCUGCUUACCUGACGUCAACGAUCUCAGAAAUGCCACUCCCACCGUAUCCUCUUUUUAUUCUCAUAUCAACUAGCUGGGCCCUCUUUUACAGGUCUAACCUCACGUCAGUUUCGGCACACCUCAACUGACUUUGUUCUUACUACAUUUUGCUUCUUUUAUUAUUAUUUCAUACAUCCUCUAAUUUGCCGUAAACAAAUAUAUAUAUAUAUAUAUAUAUAUAUAUAUAUAUAUAUAUAUAUAUAUAUAUAUUUCUUUUUUUUUUUACUUUUUAGCAGCCUGAUAGCUCAGACAAUCUUCCUGCUGGCAGCUUCAUAGACUACUAUUGCGGCCAUAUGAUCAUGGAGAUUACAUGACCCUGGAAGGCCGAAGCUGCUGUAGGGGGACUGCUGGAGUCUCUGUGGACAUACUAGGUACGAAUGCUGUCCUUAACGACUGAUCUUUGUCGGACGUACCUAGUAUGUUCACGGUCGUUAAGGGGAUAUAUCUAUUUAUAACGUCAUUCUAAAUGUAUUUUGAUUUAAAUAUAUAUGUAAAUUAAUAUCAAAAUACAGUUAGAACAAAAUUAAACAGCUUUUUUCAAUUAUUUUUAUUAUAUAUCCAGUGGAACCUCGGUUAAAGAAUGCCUCGGUAAACGAAAAAUUUGGUUUACGAAUGAGAAUCCGUAAAAAAAAAAAAAAAAACUACUCCACUACUCCAGCCAAUGGACCAGCAGGUCAUCUCCAAUUUUAAAAAACUCUACACAAGGGAGAUUUUCCGGCGAUGCUUUGAGAUGACAGAUCGCUCAAGCCUCAUCCUCCAUGAAUUUUGGGGAGAGCAUUUUGACAUUGUGAGCUGUCUGCAUAUUAUCACCAUUGCCUGGGCCGGGGUCAGCCAGACAAACCUGAAUUCUGCUUGGCGCAACCUGUGGCCAGACUGUAUUGUGAAACCUGCCUCCAGUGCUUCUGCACCUGAGUCAACAGUGUUGGAGGAAAUUGUUUCCUUAGGGAGGACUAUGGGUCUGGAGGUGACUGAGGAGGAUGUCUGUGAGCUGGUGGAGGAACACGACCGUGACCUAACCACCGAGGAACUGGUGGAAUUGCAGAAGGAGGCAAUGGAGGAGCAGAUCGCAUUUGAGGAGGAGGAGGAAAUGAGUGAGGAACAGCUCUCUUCCAUGGAACUCAAGGAGGCAUGCCAAAUGUGGGUAAACCUACAGACUUUUGUACAGCAGGACCACCCAGAUAAGGCUCUAGCCCAGAGACUUGUGAGCAGUUUUGACAUAGACAUCAUGUCCCCUUUCCGAGGGAUGCUUAGAAGGCGCCAGAGGCAGCAGACAAUGGAAAGGUUCCUACAAAACGUGAAGAAGAACCUUCUUGUGCUAGUGCUGCCCAAUCGCCCUCGUCCUCAUCUUCCAAAAAGUGUUGACAUUUUCCAUGUUUUCCCUGUUGACCUGUGAUUUAUGUACAGUUGAAGUGUACUGUACCAUGUUACCAACAGUCUGCCAUGUUUUAAAAGUUGAUGUGUGAUGUUUUAAAACAUAAAGUUGGAUGUUUGAAAUGUUAUUGCUUGAUUAAUCAUGUCCCUGUACAGUAUUUAUGCCUUUAAAGUGCACUUUAAAAAGAGUUUUGAACAGAUAAAAUACUUUUUUUAAAACUUUUUUUCUCACCUUCGGAACGCAUUAAUUGGUUUUCAAUGCAUUCCUAUAGGAAACUGUGUUUCGGUUUACGAAUUGUUUGCAAUACGAAACGUACCGGAGAACGCAUUAAAUUCUUAAACCGAGGUCCCACUGUAUAUAUAAUUAACGUCAUUCUAAGUGUAUUUAGAUAUAUAUAAAA